AUUCUGUGAAGCCAAGCUGUGGGCAAGGAACAUGCGUAGAAAUAUCUCCAGAAGUCAGGUGUUGAAAGUGAGCAUGCGCAUAAUGUUUCUCUGAAGUUUGAACAGGACAGAAACGGCCGGUCCUGGGGCUGUCAGUUGCUCACUUAUUUGAGGAAAUAAGCCUAAUUUCUGUCUCAGCAUGUCAAUAGUAACAGUGCAACUUGGUCAGUGUGGCAAUCAGAUUGGUUUUGAAGUGUUUGAUGCUUUAUUUAGUGAUUCACACUGUACCCAGGGACUCUGCUCUAAAAGAGAGAAUGAGGCAUAUCGAUCAUCUUGCAAAGAAAGAUUCUUCAGUGAGGAGGAGAAUGGAGUUCCAAUUGCCCGGGCUGUACUUGUUGAUAUGGAACCUAAAGUUAUUAAUCAAACACUAUCAAAGGCUGCCCAGUCUGGCCGAUGGAAAUACGGCCAGCAUUCAUGCUUCUGUCAAAAACAAGGUUCUGGAAACAACUGGGCCUAUGGUUACUCUGUUCAUGGACCCAGGCAUGAAGAAUCUAUAAUGAACCUAAUCCAGAAGGAAGUAGAGAAAUGUGACUCUUUGAGUGGUUUUUUCAUCAUAAUGAGUAUGGCUGGAGGCACAGGAUCUGGGCUAGGAACCUUCAUUACACAGAAUUUACAAGAUCAGUAUUCUAACUCUUUGAAAAUGAAUCACAUUAUAUGGCCUUAUGGAACUGGUGAGGUUAUCGUUCAGAAUUACAACUCCAUUUUGACCCUUUCUCACUUGUACCGAUCUUCAGACGCUCUCCUUGUUCAUGAGAAUGAUGCUGUUCAUAAGAUCUGUGCAAAAUUGAUGAAUAUCAAGCAGAUCUCCUUUAGUGAUAUAAAUCAAGUCCUCGCCCAUCAGCUGGGAAGUGUGUUCCAGCCUACUUAUUCUGAGGAAGGCUCGUUUCACUUCAGAAGAAAUCCAUUAGGAGACUUAAUGGAGAAUUUAGUUCCCCAUCCUGAAUUCAAGAUGCUGGGUGUUCGCAACAUUCCUUACAUGGCUGAGAACUCACUGGCAUACAGCGCGUUUACUUGGGCUGGCCUCCUCAAGCAUUUGAGACAGAUGCUCAUUUCUAAUGCGAAAAUGGAAGAAGGUAUGGAUUGGCAGGUACGACCUCCUUUAUCAAGACUUCCUACUCUUGGUAAAAUGUCUCUCAACAAGGAGCUUCACUUUAACACUUCCAUUGCUAACUUGGUCAUCCUUCGUGGGAAGGAUGUGCACAGUGCAGAUGUGGGGGGAUUUAAAGAUCCAGCUCUCUACACUUCCUGGUUGGAACCAGAUAAUGCUUUCAAUGUGUGGAAAACCCAGCGAGCCUUUGGCAAGUAUGAGAAGUCCGCGGCACUGGUCAGCAACAGCCAGUUCUUAGUAAAACCACUUGAUAUGAUUGUGAGCAAAGCAUGGAAUAUGUUUGCCUCAAAAGCCUACAUUCAUCAGUACACAAAAUUUGGAAUUGAAGAAGAGGACUUUUUGGACAGUUUCACAUUGUUAGAACAGGUUGUUGCCAGUUACUGCAACCUCUGAUCUUGAACAGAGGGUUCAAGGGAAAAAGUACCUUUACGUCACUUUUGGACUUAAAUAUUUUCAACACUGUUUUUUUCCCCUGUAUGUUUUCAAAUUUUGAUCUUUUAAAAGCAACCAGGUCAGAUGCUGAUUUCUUUUGCAUACUAUGCCCACAGAACAGAAGGAAAACCUUUUAAAGGGAGAACAGCAUGUUUUCAAUGAAAACAUCUAUUUGGUAUUUUCAUUUGCAAGAAAAAAAUUGGUGCUUCUAUAAAGAACUUUGGAGCUCCUUUUUUU